AUGGUCGGCUCACUGGCAUCCAAUAUAAUUUUAGCCCUUGUGGUAGUUCUGAUGACACUGCUAAGGCAAAAUAAGUUGUUCCAGGAGUGGUUUUUAUCACAUCUUGAAAAGCUAUUCUCAAAAAAAUCGAAAUUGACCCAGAAAGUUAACGUUUUAUCACCCUCCCUGAAAUUAGUUGGUUAUAAGACAUCAGUAACUGCCCAUCAAUCGAAUUUGUGUAAAAUUAAUCAUGGAAUUCCCACGCUUCCUGAUUUAACGCAGAACUUAAUCCGUUUACAUGAGUAUCGAGCAAGAGGAGAAGGCUAUAAUAGCCUUUUGUUUCGGAGAGCAAGACAAUUAGACGGAACUGCAGGAGACCAGUUGCAAGAAUUGGGUUACUUCACCAAGUUAAUGAAAAAUAAUGAGAGUAUCCGAGAAAACGCAGGAGUAAUUGACAAGAUAAUCGAGUUUACUUUGAUGAAAUUGAUGCAUUCCAACGAACACAACAAAGAAAUCAUGGAAGAGAUAGAAAAAAUAUGCGCAGAACAUGGCUAUAAAAUCGAGGAUGGCCAUCUUACUCAAUUGAAUUCGGACUCCGUAUUUCCAAUAGUAUUGUCCCGAGGCAGUCAAAAUGCUGUCCAUGAAGCAUUAGCACAUUUAUGUCGUGAUUUUAGCUCUUACUAUAGCAAGGAAAGAGAUCCUUUACAGAAAUUUAUCAUUAAUAGGAUCCGGCAUCAUGUGGUUAGACCCGGGGCCAUGAAGGAGAAAAUUCUUAUCGUGACCCCUGGGGCUGGUGUGGGUGGCCUUCCUCAUGCUCUUGCUAGCACUUUUCCCAACAUUCAGGUAGAUUCUGUUGAAUUAUCAGCCUUAAUGUACGUAUGUAAUCUGUUUGCCCUCGAAUAUAAGCAUGAUGUUAAAAUACGUCCUUUUGUACAACAAUAUUCAGGCCAAACGGUGCUUAAUAACCAGUUGAGAAGUUUAUGGGCAGAUUUGAGCAAAUUUAACAGCUGCGAUAAUUUGGAUCCACUAUGGGGGGACUUUACACGAUAUUCUCCCGAUGCCAAAGAUUAUGAUAAAAUUAUCAUCUGUAGCGCAUAUUUUAUAGAUACCGCAGAAAAUGUUUUCGAGUAUUUGGCCAGUAUUGAAGCGUUAAAAGAAUACUGUAAGGAACUGCAUUGGAUCAACGUAGGUCCAUUAAAAUACGGUACCAAACCUUUGGUCCAAUUUACAGGAGAUGAAUUGGGCCGACUGCGUAAAAUUCGUGGGUGGAAGGACCUUGUGGAGACAUAUGAAGUUGAUAGUUCAAAAGGACUGAAUGGUUAUUUAACUGAUUAUGAGUCUAUGUACCAAGGAUACUAUGGCCUGCUUAAAUUCCAUUCUGUUUUUGAGAGGUCAAAUUAA